UCUUCUCCAAUUCGAGACUUUUCUCUCUCUCUGCUCUCUCUUAGGAGAACAAUGGCUUCGACGGCCACGACGACUGAUUUCUUCAAGCCUUUCCUCUCUCCUUUCUCCAAUGGGAAUGCGGCGCCACGAGGUAGUAGACAGAACGUGGUAUGGUUAAAUCGGAAGAAUCCUCUUCUUGAAAUCCAUAAGAGGUCUCUUCGUGUUAAUGGAUUAUUUGGAGGCGGGAAGAAGGACAAUAACCAGGAUGGGCAAUCAAAGGCAGGAAUUCUUGGUAAUAUGCAGAAUCUGUAUGAGACUGUGAAGAAAGCUCAAAUGGUUGUCCAAGUAGAGGCUGUUCGUGUGCAGAAGGAGCUUGCUGUGUAUGUCCCCAUUGACCAACCAUUCACAUUACUAAAUUCUGUCUCAAUGAGUUUCAUUCUGCUUUUAUUACCUUUUUUUUUUUUCAGUGCUGAAUUUGAUGGGUAUUGUCAAGGCGAGCUUGUUAAGGUUACAUUAUCGGGUAACCAGCAACCAAUCCGCACUGAUAUCACUGAUGCAGCCAUGGAAUUAGGUUCCGAAAAACUAUCACUACUGGUCACAGAAGCAUACAAGGACGCUCAUGCAAAGAGUGUACUGGCUAUGAAAGAAAGAAUGAGUGAUCUUGCCCAGAGCUUAGGCAUGCCACCUGGCCUCAGUGAUGGAUUAAAGUAGCAAAACCAGAUCUUUUUUUUUUUGUUUUAUUACAGGUAUGAAAAGUCCAGUUUGUCUUUGUAUAUCAAUCAGGCAGAAAGAAACAGAGAGCUCUGUACUCUAACACUAAUGAAUCAGAGAGAAAUAUCUGAACCCUUGUACUUCUUUGAAUAUAAACAAUUACUUGAAUGCU